GUAUGACUGGGUAAAGCGUACGUUUCGUUUGUAUUAAGCAUGUUUUGCGACCGUUCGCAUCAUGUUUGAAUGAGCGUUAUAACGCUGAAUGUUUGCGCGUUCCCUUGUCACUUUGUUAUGAAGAUCUGUCAUCAUGAGUGACAGCGACGAUGACGUGCCUCAGCUCUCCGCCGCGACUCUCGCAGCGCUGCAAGAGUUCUACGCCGAGAGCGAAAGGACGGGACAGAGCUCCGACAAGUUCUGCGUUGGUGCUGUGGAGGAAGACUGGCGCAUGAGUCAGUUCUGGUACUGUGAAGACACGGCUGUACGGUUAGCAGAGGAAGUCAAGCAGCAGGCUGGAGAACAUGGAAGGAUAGCUUGUAUAAGUGCACCAAGUGUGUAUCAGAAGCUGAAACAGUUGGAAUCCACAAGGUCAGACAGUGUGUCUGCUGUUUUACUGGAGUUUGACCGACGUUUCGCAGCAUAUGGAGAUGAGUUUGUCUUUUAUGAUUACAACAACCCUCUGUGCCUGCCUGAGGCUCUGCUUCCUCAGAGCUUCGACAUCGUCAUCGCAGACCCUCCGUAUCUGUCUGAAGAAUGUCUCAGCAAGGUGGCCCUCACCAUUAAAUACCUCACUAAGGGCAAAAUCCUGCUCUGCACAGGAGCUAUUAUGGAGGAGCUUGCUGGGAAACUUAUGGAUUUGAAGACAUGCAGUUUUUUACCAAAACACAAUCACAAUCUGGCCAAUGAGUUCCGCUGCUAUGUGAACUAUGAAUCACGCCUUCUCUCAUGAAAAAGGUUUUCAAUCUGACAACAUUUGAACACAGUUUUUCCUAUCAUACAUUAGCAGAUGAUUAUUUGGAACAAUAAAUACUCACACUCCAAGAGGUGCAUAGCAGGAUCCAAAUAUUACAGCGGAGGAUUUGGCCCUUCAUCAGAGAUCUGCGAUCAGUCUUUGAUUAUACUUUGGCUGACUUGCAUUGUCAGUUGCACACCCAGCUUUCCGGCAUAAAAUUGAAGCAAACAAUCUCAGACAGUUUAACUUUGUUUCAAUGCAUAAAAUGGGCUUGAAGUGAAUGUUUGAAAUGCAUUUGUAUAUAAUACACUACUAGACUUGUGCAAUAUCAGUGUUCUUGAUUGUUGUUUUAAUAAAGUAAUCAUAGGAGGACUGACCUAAAGUCAUGCUAAAUAAAUUAUAUCAUAGUUUGCCUUUAAC